AAGUCCCAAGCCCCAUAAACAUGAAACUAUCAAACUUAAUUCUUCUCCUUGCUAUGCUUCCAGCAGCUGCUGGAAAGAACUCUUUCCCCAUCAAAUGCUCCAACAGACCAUUAUUGACCUAGCACUAGCAGCUUCCCGUGCCAUUCUCCCAUCCAACUCCGGCAUGUUCUAUGUCCAACUAGGCAUAGACACUCCGGCUAUGCAAGCCAGCACCGCUUUUGAUACCGUAAGCCCCAUGACCCGGUUACCGGUUCCAGAGUGCGAGCUUUGCUUUCCUGUGGACGAGGGAGGGUCGACCCUCGAACCCAAUCACUCUUCUGCGUUUACACUAUUGAGCUCUGGCGACCCGAUGUGCUCUCCUCCCCUCGGCAUAAGCAUUCCAUUGUCCAACGGCUCGUGCGACUACAACCUUGGAUAUAGCAAGGGCUUUUUCGGCACGGACACACUCUCAUACUCUGUUGAUGAUGCUGCUGCUUUCGAGGUUUCACUCAACUUCUCUAUCGGUUGCGGCUUAUUCAAUCAAUUGGCUUUCGGUGGUGACGACGAAUCAGGGAAUCCCAUCUCCGGUGUGAUGGGAUGGGAUUAGGUGUCGGUCAUCCUUCCAGUCUCCUAACCCAACUCCGGCCAGUCAUGACGGACCGGUUUUCCUACUGCAUUCCACCUCUGUUUCCAAUAGAAGGUGAUCUUCAGGACGGCAAGGACGCGACCUUGGACUUCGGUCCUGAAGCUGUCCUUACAGGGCCGGUACAGAGUACCAGACUCCUCGAACAACCUCCCCUGCUACACCACCACUACUGCUUGAUCAACGCCACCGGCAUCAUGGUCAACGGCGUACGGGGAUCUCUGCCGGCGGAAGGACUCAGUUUCGGCAUUGACUCGAUUUCUCCCUACACUGCAAUGUUCAAGCCGUAUUUCCAGGAGUCGAGGGAUGUGGUUGUCAAGCAUUUCAUGGACAAGUUUGGGAUGGAGCCACUGAACCAAACACAUUCGGGUUUGGAGCUUCAAAAAUAUGGAGGACGAACCGAAUUUCUGAGCAGGGGACCGGCAGUUGUGCUGCAUUUGGAGGGUGGAGCCUCUCUGGAGCUGCAAAAUGCCUUCGAGUUGUUUGAGGAUGAGGGCUGUCUCACCAUCAUCUCUGUUGAUGAUGAUGGGAGUAUGCCAAACCUUUUAGGGGUGCACAACCAGAUGACUUGUUCCAGUUCGAACCAGAUGACCCAGUAUGUGUUGAAGCAGCAAGGAGUGAAUUUGAUCUCUGUGAUCAUCUAUGGUCUUGUAAUAUGUUAUGAACUUAUGGUCUGUUAUUAUGUUAUGAAUCUCUGUGAUGACUAGGCCGAUAUCAUGUCCAGAAUGGUGAUCCUGUGGGGUAUGUAUUCCAUUAGUACUUGAUCAUUAAUGAUAUCCUAUUACCCUUAGCUAUUGAAUCUAGUUGU